AUGCCUUUUUCUUUAUUUUUCUCUUUCCGUCUCUCGAAAUUUCUGCUUCACAUUUCUCUUUCUCUUCCAUAUAUAUAUGAUUCUCUCAACGCAACUUCUCCUUUCCUUCCCAAUAUCUCUCUUUCUUCAUUGCUUUUAUUCCUCCUCUUUCUUUCUUUUUUCUUUCUUCUUCGAAUAAGAAAAGCGAUCCCCUCACCCUUUAGCGUAAUACCUUGCGAGCAAAAAUGUUUCUUUCUUUCUCUCUUUCCUUCUCUCUCGUUCUGUCUUGUUUAUCUUUCUUUCUCUCUUUCCUUCUCUCUCGUUCUGUCUUGUUUAUCUUUCUUUCUCUCUUUCCUUCUCUCUUGUUCUGUCUUGUUUAUCUUUCUUUCUCUCUUUCCUUCUCUCUCGUUCUGUCUUGUUUAUCUUUCUUUCUCUCUUUCCUUCUCUCUCGUUCUGUCUUGUUUAUCUUUCUUUUCUCUUUCCUUCUCUCGUUCUGUCUUGUUUUUCUUUCUUUUUCUUUCCUUUCUCUCGUUCUGUCUUUGUUUUUUCUUUCUCUUUUCCUUCUCUCUCGUUCUGUUUUGUUUAUUUUUUCUUUCUCUCUUUCCUUCUCUCUCGUUCUGUCUUGUUUAUCUUUCUUUCUUUCUUUCCUUCUCUCUCGUUCUGUCUUGUUUAUCUUUUUUUCUCUUUCUUUCUCUCGUUCUGUCUUGUUUAUCUUUCUUUCUUUUCCUUUCUCUCGUUCUGUCUUGUUUAUCUUUCUUUCUCUCUUUCCUUCUCUCUCGUUCUGUCUUGUUUAUCUUUUUUUUCUCUUUUCCUUUCUCUCGUUCUGUCUUGUUUAUCUUUCUUUCUCUCUUUCCUUCUCUUUUCGUUCUGUCUUGUUUAUCUUUCUCUUUUCUCUUUCCUUCUCUUUCGUUCUGUCUUGUUUAUCUUUUUUUUUCUCUUUCCUUCUCUUCGUUCUGUCUUGUUUAUCUUUCUUUCUCUCUUUCCUUCUCUCUUUUUCUGUCUUGUUUUUUUCUUUUCUCUCUUUCCUUCUCUCUCGUUCUCUUUCUUGUUUCUUUCUUUCUCUCUUUCCUUCUCUCUUGUUCUUUUUGUUUAUCUUUCUUUCUCUCUUUCCUUCUCUCUUGUUCUGUCUUGUUUAUCUUUCUUUUCUCUUCUUUCUCUCUCGUUUCGUUCUUUGUUUAUCUUUCUUUUUUCUUUCUUUCUCUCGUUCUGUCUUGUUUUCUUUCUUUUUCUUUCCUUUUCGUUCUGUCUUUUCUCUUUCUUUCUUUCUUUCCUUCUCUUGUUCUUUUUUUAUCUUUCUUUCUCUCUCGUUCUCUCUUUCUUUAUCUUUCUUCUUUCUCUCUUUCCUUCUCUCUUGUUCUGUCUUGUUUAUCUUUCUUUCUCUCUUUCCUUCUCUCUCGUUCUGUUUUGUUUAUCUUUUUUUUUCUUUCCUUUUCUCGUUCUUUUGUUUAUCUUUCUUUCUCUCUUUCCUUCUCUCUUGUUCUGUCUUGUUUAUCUUUCUUUCUCUCUUCCUUCUCUCUCGUUCUGUCUUGUUUAUCUUUCUUUUCUCUUUCCUUCUCUUUUCUUUCUGUCUUUUUUAUUUUCUUUCUUUUUCCUUUCUCUAGUUCUUUCUUGUUUAUCUUUUCUUUCUCUCUUUCCUUCUCUCUCGUUCUGUCUUGUUUAUCUUUUUUUUUUUCCUUCUCUAUUUUUCUUUCUUUUUUCUUUUCCCUCUCGUCCUGUCUCUUUUUUUGUUUUCUUUCUUUCUCUUUUCCUCUUUUUUCUGUUUUGUUUUUUUCUUUCUCUCUUUUCUUUUCUCGUUUUUCUUCUUUAUCUUUUAUUUAUUUCCCUUUAUUUGUCUUGUUUUCUUUCUUUCUCUCUCUUUCCUUCUCUCUUGUUCUCUCUUUUUCCUUUCUUUUUUUUUUUUUUUCUUUUUUGUCCUGUCUCUUUUCUUUGUUUCUUCUUUUUUUUUUUUUUUUUUUUCCUUCUUUCUUUUUUUGUCUUUCUUUAUUUUUUUCUCUUUAUUUCUUUUCUUUUCCUCUCUUUCUUUUUUCUCUUUCUUUCUCUUUUUCGCUCUUGUCCUGUCUUUCUCGCUUCUUCUUUCUUUUCUUUUUUUUCUCUUUCUUUUCUCUUUUUCUCUUUCUUUAUUUCUUUUUUUUUUUAUCUUUUUUCUCUUAUUUUUCCUUCCUUCGGUUUUAUUUCUUUUUUUUUUUCUUUUUUAUUUUUUCUUUUUUCUUCCUUCUUUCUUUUCUUUCUUUCUUUCUUUCUUUCCCUAUUUAUUUCUCUUUUCCUCACUUUCUUUUCUUUCUCUUUUUUUUCCUUUUUUUUCUCUCUCUCUCUCUCUCUUUCUCUUUUUCUUUGUUUUUCUCCCUCAUCUUGUCUCUCUCUUUCUUUCUCUUUUUCUCGUUUUUCUUUUUUCGCUCUUUUCUCUUUCUCUCUCUCUCUUUCCCUAUUCCUUUUUUCUUUCUCUCUCUUCUCUCCCUCUCUCUCAAACUCACACACACACACCGUUUGUCCUAUUAA